AACCCAGCUCUGGAUGUGUCCACGGCACGAGCCUUGAUGGCUGUUGCCACCGCUGGCUGCGGGGUAGCCAUCGCUUUCUCCAUCCUCACCAUCACCUUCUGCAUCUUUUUAAGGUGCAGGUUCAGGUCCGAGGAGACCCUCCGCAUUAACCUGGGGCUGCACGCGAACCUCGUGGGCAGCCUGCUCCUCCUCAACCUGGCCUUCCUGCUCAACAGCGGGCUCUCCGGUGGGACCCAGCUGGGGACCUGCAAGGUCCUGGGGGGGCUCACCCACUACUGCCUGCUCUGCUGCUUCACCUGGAUGGCGCUGGAGGGCUGUCACCUCUACCUCCUCUUCGUCAAGGUCCUCGGCACCUACAUCCACCACUACCUGGCAAAGCUGUGCCUGGUCGGCUGGGGCUUCCCCGCUCUUGUGGUGGGGGUGGCAGGAGUCAUCAGCAGCUACGGAGAAUACAGCAUCCAGACCACGGACCACCAGCUCAUAGCCAACCUGUGCUGGAUCACUUCCGAACAUCUCCUGGUCCACUACAUCACCAACUGUGGCUACUUCAGCCUCAUCUUCCUCUUCAACAUGGCUGUCUUUGGGGUCGUGACCCAGAAGAGCUGCCGCCGGCAGGGCACAGGGUCGGUGCAGGAGGACCGCAAGGCCUGGAAGGUGGCCCUGGUGGCAAUGGGGCUCUUCUGCCUGCUAGGAGCAACCUGGGCCCUGGCAUUCCUCACCCAUGGCACCUCCUCUGUGCCCAUACUCUACCUCUUCACCGUUCUCAACUCCCUACAAGGAAUCUUCAUAUUCAUCUGGCUGUUCGUCCUCUACUACCCAAAGACGAAGGAGACUGCUGGCUCCCUCUCCCACAUCAUCAAACACGACAAAACCACCACAGUCUCCCAGGACUAG